AUGAAAGAAAUAUUACAGUUCUUUAAUUGCUCAUCAAAAAGAAAUUUUGUUUUGAAAACAAUUUUGAAUGGUCAGCCACGUUUAAUAAGCGUAUGUGAGACCCGUUGGACUGAACGCCAUGAUAGUGUUAUGGUAUUCAAAACAUCUAUACCAUAUAUAAUAAAAAGCUUAACAAAAAUGUCUGAAUGGCAAGAAUCUGAUUCAUCGUCUAAGGCUAGAACUUUAUUAAUAGCUUUAUGUAGUUGUGACUUCAUAAUUUCAAUUCAUACUUUAGCAAAUAUUUUAUGUGUGACAGCACCUGUUAGUCGUAUUCUCCAAGGUAUGAACAAUGAUAUAUUAAAUGCUAAAAACUGUAUUGAUAAUAUAAUAUUUAGUUUAGAAAAUAAACGUACCAAUUGUCUACAAAUAUUUGGAAAUAUAUAUCAAGAGUGUGUGUUGUUAAUGAACGAAAUGGAUAUUGAAGUUAAAACCCCUAGAUUAUCAAAAUAUCAAACAAAACGCUCUAAUCAUCCAGUAAAUAAUAUAGAAGAAUAUUAUAGAGUAUCAAUAUUUAUACCAUUACUGGACAAUAUCCUAGAAGAUUUAAGAUCAAGAUUUAUAAGAAAACAAAAUAAGAUGUUAUUAGAUUUAUGUUUGUUAAUUCCACGCUACAUCACUGUCAUUUCUAAUGAAGAUUUUAAAAAAAUAACAGAAGCUGCCACAGAAUUAUUUUUAUUUAAUGAGGAAAACUCUAUUGAUCAAAUGCAGCUACAAACAGAACCAGAGAUUUGGAAAACUAAGUGGCAACGAAUAAAAUCUGAUGGUCAUGACGUUUGUCAAGAUGCUUUGCCAUCAAUAAAAAAUUGUAAUAAUAUCAUUUAUCCAACUGUGCAUAAAUUACUUAGUAUAAUUGCUUGUUUGCCUAUUAGUGUAGCAUCCGCAGAACGCAGCUUUUCUACGCUUAGAAGAUUGAAAACAUGGUUAAGAUCCAAAAUGGGGCAAGAUCGCUUGACUGGUUUGGCUUUGCUAAACAUACAUCAUACUAUAACUAUAUCAAUAGAUGAUGUUAUAAAUAGAUUUGCUAAUAAAAAAAAUAGAAAUAUAGAUUUUGUUUUAUAA